CAGUAUUAUCUACGGCCCAUCUGGUCGUUGAAAAUUGAAUGUCAAUAUGAAAAUCAAUUCAUAUGAAAAAAUAUUGACCCACGACCCAAAUUAAGAAAUUAAUUAAAGACCUGUGUAUUAGCAGGGAUAGAGACUUAGAGUGAGUUAGGUGGCUUUUUUGUUACAAGUGACUGAUAAAACAUGUUUUAGUUUUGUGGAGGGCCCUUAGAUUUUCUCAAGACCAAUGUGUGUGAGAGAGAUUGGUUUUGAGUUGGUUCAAGUGGAAAUUUAUAACAACACCUUAUUGGUAACAUUCAGGAGACAUUCCCUUUCUCCAAGACUCCUGUGGAUUGUUAGUUUUUUGGAUUGUUAUGGAGAAAUAGAAACAAAUGAGAUUGAAUUCUAAAUUCAUUUUGUGUUCUGUGUUUUAUGGAAGAGCUGAAUAUUUUAUUUGGGAGUUUAUCACCGUUUAGUAAAAGUUUGAAUUCGGAAUUGAUGCAAUAUUGGAAGUCAUUAUUCAGCGUAUAUUUUAUAAUGAUUAAAGACUCUGUGUGAUGUUUGAUUGAAUAUAUAGAAAAUUCAAAUGUCAACAUGGAAUCACUUGGUUUCGGAAUGGUUGAUUCUUCCCCUUGUUUGUGCACCUUGAGUAUCUGUGAUUAAAGAACAAAUUUGUAAUAAUGUAAAUCAGGAAAGGAUUUAAUUCCAAGCCAAUGAGCAACAUUCAAUUUUAGAAAGGGAAUUUGUGAUUUAUUUGAUAUAUAUUGGCAUUUUGUCGAUAGGAGAGAACAAGGGGUCCCCUUUUUUACACAAAGACCUAGCUGUUUUUUACCCCGUUAGUACAUUUACCUGUGCCAAAAGCCAUUCACAAUGGUACAAGUCUGACAGGCAAACCGUCAAGAAAAAAAAUGCAACAGAAAUUCUCGUCAAGAAAGCCGCACUGUUGAUGACCAUACACAUGGUUUUCUUUUCCUCAAUGCAUUAAAGUGAUACCUCUGAUCAACGUUUGAUGUGAGGGAAGGUUAUAAGGCCUAACAGGAUUAUGUCGUCCAUUUUUUAAUUGAUGAUUGAGUAAUUUUGAUCUUAAUGCAUGUGAUAUGUUGGAUCUUGAUAAAAAUACCGACUUCUCCUCUACUCCUGUGUGGCAGGAGAAAUACGCAGUUUUACCUCCUAUUCAGGAGGAGAUGAACGGUGAAGAAGAGGGUGACCCCGAUGAAGGCGGGGGUCACCGGGUGAUCUCCUGGGGGUGUGGGGAGUUUGGUCAGCAUUGUCACGGGUGUAAGGAAGAUGUAGCUUUCUCGAUCGGCCUUCUGAAGGAGAUCCUCCCUGGGCAGGUCAAAUUUGUGGCUUGUGGGGCCAGCCACACCAUACUAGUCAAUGAUAGCAAUGAAAUAUAUUCCUGGGGAAAUGGCAACAGUGGACAACUUGGUACAAAUGUCAAGGAGCUCCAGUGGCAACCAGAAAGAGUUCAUCUCUAUGACAACAACCCUGUGACCUUGCCAGAUGUGGCGGGUGUGGCUUGUGGUGGCAGACACUCCAUGGUUUGGCUGUCCAAUGGCAAUGUCUUUAGCUUUGGCAAUAAUUUCCAUGCUCAAUUAGGUUACGAUUACAGGAGCAAAAACUACAAAGAAAAUCAGGAAUUUCACUUACCCCCAAUCAAAGGAGUGCAGGAGAAAGUCCACUUUAAAAAUAGAAAAUCUUCAAAACAUUGCAGAAAAAUUAUGGUCAAGCCACAUCUUCUAAAGAUCCUUAUUCAUAGACCAGUGGUCCAAAUUUCUUGUGGAGAGAAGCAUUCAUUAUUCAGGUUUCAAGAUGGAACAAUUGCAUGUGUUGGGUCUAAUGCUAAUGGUCAGAUCGGAAACGGGACUCUGGAGGAAGUCACUGUCCCUGUCCUGGUGGAGAUAGCCGAUCCAGUCAAAUACGUAGCCUCGGGAGCCAAUCAUAAUCUAGCAAUCACUUGCCAGGGUGACGUUUUCAUGUGGGGUUAUGGUAAAGGGUGUGGAAACAAAAACAAAGACAUCCUCUCCCCAGAGAAAGUCCCCCUCAAGAGGAAAGUGGUGGAGGUCUCAGGUGGUGCCACCCACAGUUUGGCCCUCUCUGGAUCAGGCAACAUAUAUGUCUGGGGUAGUGGUUUGGAUGGUCAGCUAGGAUUGGGAAACUCCAACACAUUUCAAAGCUUUCCCAAGAAGUUAAAACACCAUGAACUGAGGAGGAGUGUAGUGAAGAUCCAGGCUGGGGAAUAUUACAGUACUGCCAUCACAGAAAGUGGCAGUCUUUUUAUAUGGGGGAAAAAUAGCCAUCUAAUAAGGCCUGAUAAACCAUCCAAUGCCAAGUUCUGGCUGCCAUUUCACAUCAACAAAGGUUUGGGACCAAUCCAGAAAGUGUUCUGUGGUUCCUGGCAUGCUGUUGCUAUAACAGGAAAUCCAGCACCAUUUGCAUAUCAUUCUGCGAAUUCAGAAGCUUCUGAACAAGAUUUUCCCAUGGCUUCUCCAGCAGAGGAGAGGGAGCAGGACACUUCCUCUGACAGUGAGGGAGAUUUCUCUGAGCUACCUCGGAUAACUGUAAAGAAGGACUCUUCCACGAAUAAGGAAUCAACGAAGAUCAGCAUUGCUGACUUUUACUCUGGACAAGAUGUGUACUCUGAUGAAGGAGAGGCACCAAGCCCAGCAUUUUUCAUAGAAGAAAGCUCAAACCAUUUAAAAUCAGACACUAUGCCGGUCGACAAACCAGAAAGUGCUAAAUCGCACAUUGUGGUUCAGGUCCCAAGACCCACGGUGACUGUUGUGGAUGUGGCUUGCUCACCCAUUCCAUUCAGUGAGUCUGAUUCAGAGAGUGAGAGUGGUGCACGGACACCACAAGUUCUUGCCAAACCAGUUAGUGCCAAAUCUAACAAAGUGCCCCAGGUGACACUUGAGCCAUUGCAGGUAGCUCCAAGUGAUUCCAGAUUAUCAAACAGUGUCCAGAGCAAUGGUUUCAGAUCUGACCGAUCUCACACACGUGUUAGUGUUCAGCCAAAGUAUUUUACAAAUCCACCAGACAGAGACAAGUCUACCAUGUGCAAACAACCUUCAACAACUGUGAUACAAUUAAGUAAGUCCACUGCAGACAACUUUACAUUACCUAGAGAAAACACGAAUUUUACCAGCAAACAAAUUGAUUUAACAGACGUGGAGUAUGCAAGAGCAGUAAACUCCUCUAAAUCAACUGAAAAACUGUACUGGAUAAAUAAAUUGAAUGAAAGUCGUGAACGGGAAUUUUUAGGCCGUUUACAGAAUGGAAAUACUCAGCUCCGAACUGUUACCCAAGAUAGCAAUGGAAGUCGCAGCACAUUCCGGUCUGGCCGUAUGAGUGAUACUGCUGUAGUAAAUUUGUAUUGCUAUGAAAAUGUCAUGGAUGGGACUCCUGCUAAAUGGAACCGUAGCAUUGAAAGUUCUCUGGGGGAUUAUGGACGCCAGUUUGGUAAUGGAGAUAUUCUGGAGGAAGCAAGGCGGGCAGCCAGGUUACCUCCUAAAAGGAACACACCUAGUCGUAGUAUACCCAGCAAAAAGUCCACUGAUGCCAAUUUUGUUAGGCCAAUUAUAUCUGGAUAUUUGUUGCGGCAAAAGCUUCAGAUUUCGCGCACAGAUACGGUAAUUGGUCCAUUAAGUGUUCCAAAGAAGAAUCUUACUCCACGUUUGAACCCGAUGGAACGUUAUGCAAGUGUUCAUAACCCUUCGUCCAGCUCUAGUAAAUUCCAGGAAAAGAAGGCCAAGUUUGGUUUAAAAACGCCACGAAACGUUAGUAUUCCCGACACUAGAAGUAACAUGAAGCAAGAACUGGAAGAAAUGUGCAUAAAGGGGGCAACAGGUCCCAAAAAAGCCAUGUUUUCUAGUGCCACCUCAUGGAAGAACAAAGGAGAUCUAGCUCGUAUUAACAAUCUUAAGAAUGACAAUAUGAAAGCAAAAACUAGUCUAACAUUUUCUCCGGACGUGAUAAAUGGAGAGAAACGUGAAAAGAAUUUAAAAGUGAACGGACACGAUAAAGAGAAUGACACCUCAAAAAUCCCCUCUUUUGAUCAGGAAAACGGGGAAGAUGGGGAAGAAGAAGAGGAUGGGAACUCGUAUGUUGUAGAGGAGACCAUGUCUGAUAAUGGGAGAAAGUCGGUAACUCAGGCGAGCUAGAGCAUGGAUCGGAGUCCUUUACGGGAAGUCCGAGCCCGCUCAGCUUGUGCCCGGAGUGCGUCGACUCGCUUUACUCUACUAGACAAACAGCUGCAGAAACUAACACUGUUGUCUUGCAAUAAAACACUAGGCCAUUUCUGAGCUUCAUAUUUGGAAAAUUAUGACAUAUUUGUUGGAUUGAUGCUUGUUAUUUAUAUAUUAAUAGCUAUGGUGUUAUGUUUUUAAAGAUUGUUUUGUUUGUUGUGGCUAUGUCACUAAUUUAUGUCAGAGUGUAUACAUAACUAAUGUAACUUUUAAUUUGGAAUCAAGCUAUUUAUUAAAUAACAUGAGUAAACCAAUAAUAAUGAUCUGCUUUUAUUAUUAAUACGAAACGCUGAUCCAUUCGGAAGAUUAUUCACCUGCAAAGCAUAGUAUUGCUCUUGAUCUGAACAAAAUGAUCGAGAAAAACGAUUAUGUUAUCAUACAAUUGCAAAUACAAUUUGUAUUAUGUAAGUCUUUUCAUUACAUAUUAUUUAUUCAAUGUAAUUGGGGUUUUUUCCCUGGAAAAAAGGAAAUUACACGACUUUGGACAUCUUUGAAACCAUUUAGGAAAACUAGGAAAAUUAACCUUGGAAGUUUCGUUUUUGAAUAAUUUUUCACCCCAAAUGAACCCUUUGUCGCGGAAAAUCUUGAUCAAAAAGGAAACAAAGGAAAAUUCAUUUCAAACUUCAAAUCUUGAGAAAUAAAGAACUCUGUCACUUGUGUUUUCACCAUGACAAUUACGUCCGUAAUUAUAGCUAAUACUAAGUCUGUAGUGGAAACGAAAAAGAGGAAAAAGUAGCUCGGUUGAUGAAACUAGACACCUUCAAGACAUCCCCAAUCCGC